CUCGUUUGCUUUAACCCUUCAGGGGCGGAAGGAGAGGCAGCCGCAUUCUCCUCAGCAGGAGAGAAGGACGGAUUAGGUCUGAAGGAGGCCUCGCCUCUCAUCAAGCCAUUCCUACUGGCCUCGAAGUCUCCAAUCAAGAUGCUGUUGGGAGUUUAUUACAAAAUGAAUGGAGUGAUACCCACGGGAUGCGCCGGCUGCUUCCCGCUCCAGCUUGAGUCCUUCAGUGGAAAGGUGGCACCAAAUUCUUCAGUACAGUCCAUGUGAGCUCCCUGUAGCUGCCUCUAGGAAGGAGCAUAACUAUAACUGGUCUUCAGCCACCUGCAGACACACCCCCAAGAAACCAGAAUGGGAGGACCAUCAUCCUCGGCCUACUAGGAAUUGCCUAAGUAAGUAAGUAUAACUAUAGCAGGAAGGGGCGGGAACAAGGCCAAGAGUGACAGCUGGUCAUACCUGAGACAGGCAGAUAUCACCCUCUCGGAUGGAGGAACCACCCUGUAUACACUUCACUAGUUGUGCCACCUUGAUACCUCCUUGGUGCAGCCCUGUGAGUGUUACAGAAUGAUUGGAAGGCCAAGCUGCUUCUACCCUCCAUGGAAGGCGAAAGAAGAAGGCAGGGAAUGAUUAAGGGCUGGGCAGUGGAAAGAGAGGGGACACCAAUCAUCUUGAUGUGAUGGAAUCUAUCCAACUCUAAAAAGGGCUCUUUGGGAACAGGUGAAAGACCAAGAUGCCCAUGAAUGCAGUGAGCCCCAAAUUGGGAGAAAGGCUUGAUCUUGUUCGAGCUCAGCACAAAGGAGGAUUCUUUGUAGGAGCCAUGCGGAAGGAACCGGGGAAGGAGGAGUGGGAUUCGGGCGCACAAGACUUCAGGCUGUUCACCUAUAAGGAGACUUUGGGGCCCCGAGAGGUGUGCAGCCGCCUCCACUCUCUCUGCCGCCUGUGGCUGAAGCCCGAGCGACACUCCAAGGUGGAGAUGCUGGACCUGGUGCUCCUGGAGCAGUUCCUGGCCGUCCUUCCUGCGGAGAUGGAGCGCUGGGUGAGGGAAUGUGGGGCAGAGACCAGUUCCCAGGCCGUGGCUUUGGCUGAAGGAUUCCUCCUGAGUCGGGCAGAAGAAAAGAAAUUCAAAGAGCAGCAGGACAUCUUUGUGAAAGAGAAGGCUGAGGGGAAGAACAAGUGGGCCACGCAAGAUAGUAACAGAGCAUCCAACUCAGUGGGAGGUGGAAUGAGGACACAGCUUAUAUGCCCAAGCACAUCUUUUCAGUCUGGUUUGAGAACACCUUCUGCAAGACAGGGCGAGGUGAGCUUCCAAGAUGUGGCUGUGGAUUUCACUGAAGGGGAGUUGGCCCUGCUGGAUCCAGGCCAAAGAGUCCUUCACAGAGAGGUGAUGGAGGAGAAUUGGGGGCUCCUCUCCUCCCCGGGUGGAAGUGACCGACUGAGUGAGAAGAAAGAAGAACCACGCAGAGCAUUGAUGCAAAGAGCCCGCUGUAGACAGAGGAAUGAGAAUAAACUAAAAUCUGAAUUUCCAAAGAGUGGGAACAUUUUUUCUCAGAGUGGUGAGGUUUGUGAAACCUCCCUUGAAGAAAUAGCACAGAAAGGAAGACAGAGACAUAUUUGUCUUGUAUGUGGGAGGAGCUUUCGAAGCAAAACAAGCCUGAAUCUUCACAGGAGAAUUCACACAAGGGAGAACUCUUCCAAAAGAAGUGACUGUGGGAAGGCCUCCAGUUUGCCUUCAUCUAGAAGGACUCAUACAGGAGAAAAACCAUUCAAGUGCUUGAGGUGUGGAAGGAGAUUCAAGUGGAAGUCACAAUUGAUACCACACCAGGAGGCUCACGUAGGAGAUAAGCCAUUUAAAUGUUUGGAGUGUGGAAAGAGCUUCAGUUGGAAGACGAAUCUCAGUCGUCACCAAGCAUCCCACAGAAGGGAGAAACCAUUUCAGUGUCUGGAGUGUGGGAAGAGCUUCAGCUGGAAAAUAAUCUUCACUAGUCAUCGAGCCAGACACUCAGGGGAGAAACCCUUUGAAUGCUUGGAAUGUGGGAAGGCCUUCAGUUGCAAGGUGGAUUUUGCUUCUCAUCAAGUCACUCACACAAGGAAGCUGCCGUUUCAGUGCUCAGAGUGUGGGAAAGGCUUCAGCCACAAAGGCAGCCUCAACCGUCACCGAGCAUCUCACACCGGGGAGAAAGUAUUUAAAUGCCCAGAGUGUGGGAAAAGCUUCAAUCAUGAAAUAAGCCUCCUCUGUCAUCAAAGAACUCACACCGGGGAGAAACUCUAUAAAUGUCCUGCGUGUGGGAAAGCCUUCGGUCGGAAGACGAACUUCAUUCGUCACCAAGCCACUCACUCUGGGGAGAAGCUGUUCAGAUGUUUUGAGUGUGGAAAGACUUUCAAUCGGAAGGCAAACCUCACUUGUCACCAAGCAAUUCACACUGGGGAGAAGCUGUUUAAAUGCUCAGAGUGUGAGAAGAGCUUCAGUUGGAAGACAAAUCUCACUCGCCAUCAAGCGACUCACACUGGGGAGAAACUGUUUAUGUGCCUCAAGUGUGGGAAGAGCUUCAGCCAGAAGACGAACCUUAUUCAUCACCAAGCGACUCACACUGGGGAAAAACCCUUUAAGUGCUCGCAGUGUGAGAAAACCUUCAGCCAGAAGUCAAACCUGACUUCUCAUCAAGUGAUUCACACGGGGGAGAAGCGGUUCAAAUGCCUUGAGUGUGGGAAAAGCUUCUGUCAGAAGGCCAACCUCGCUUCUCAUCAAGCAACUCACACAAGGGAGAAACCCUUUAAAUGCCUCGAGUGUGGGAAAAGCUUCGGUCGGAAGAGAAGCCUAGUUUGUCAUCUGACAAUGCACGCAGAUAAGAAAUUGUUUAAAUGCCUGGAGUGUGGGAAAACCUUCAGCCAGGAGAUCAAGUUCACUUUUCAUCAAGCGACACACACUGGCGAGAAACUGUUUAAAUGUGUUGAAUGUGAGAAAAGCUUCAGUCGGAAGACAGACCUCACUCGUCAUCAAAGGACUCAUAAUGGAGAGAAGCCAUUCAGGUGCUUUGAGUGCGGGAAGAUCUUCAGUCAGAAAACAAACCUCACUUGUCACCAAGCAACUCACACCGGAGAGAAGCCCUUCAAAUGCCUGGAAUGUGGGAAAAGCUUCAGUCAGAAGACACACCUCGGUCGUCAUCAGAGAAUUCACACAAAGGUCAAAUGGUAGAACUAGUUUUGUACUAUUACACUUUCAGUCAGAACUGGGACUUCACGUAUUAUCGAAGAAUUCAUACACAGGAGGUACCACUUAAAUGCUUGGAGCAUAGAUAGUGUUUCAGUUAUUUCUCACAACUUAUGACAGUCACAAGAAUCACCAUGUAAUGGGAACCAAGUCAACGGCUGUUAAGGAGAAAGACCAAUGGUACCUAACAGAACUUGGUAACACAUCAAAAAGGUAUUGGCUGUGUGGCCUGAUUAACAUCUAUUAAAAAGGAAAAAGAUGGAGUUCAAAACAAAUCCUCAUGUAAGCUUAAGUAUUUGCUUCUUUGAACAAUGAUUUGUAAUAUUAAAUAUAGGGUGUUUCAAAAAGAUGGACCUGAUUUGAAAUCACUGUAUCUCUGUAACUAUGAACCACCCAUGAAUGGAAGUCUUACAACUUCAAAGUGUGAAGCAUACAAUUUCAAACAAUUGCCACUAGUUGCUUCUCCCUGCGCACAAACGGCUCUUGGCCUCAGUCAUUUACAAGAUGGCAACUACACAACAUAAGGCCUAAUGACAUAUUCUCCAUCUGCAGAAUUAUUUUUAGGCUUGUUUCUGGAUCAAAAUGAUUAGUAUAACUUGAUGACUCAUUAAAGAGUGUGAAACUUCUUGUGUAAUGGUAACAUGUUGCCACCAUGAAAUAUACCGUCUUGAACUUGGGUCCAUCGUUUUGAAACAGCCUGCAUUUCAUUCCUAUUCUGCUGUAAUGUAAUAUAAAGAUCCCUUUGCCCUUAGUGUUGAAAUAUGAUAUUUUUGGUUUAUCGGUUCAUGGUAGAUAAUAAUUAAUUCACAAUUAAUUUUGUUCAAAAUGUAAAUAGUAAAAAAAAGAUCUAUAGAUAUAGUUACAUGUUUCAGUUCAAACAGCUUUUGAAUUAUAAUAUUAUUAUUGCUUGACAAUGUAGAAGGCAGCAGGAAAAGAAGAAGACUUUGGAGGCCUCUCAUUUAUAGGGUUGCUAUAAGUUGAACUUGAUUUGAGGGCAGUUAAUAUCAAAUUCCAUGCUUAAGUAAGAGUGAUGUCCCUUACUGUACGUGUCUGAAGAACAUCCCUAGACCAUCUGCGAAAGGUUGUGUACAUAGAUGGGAAAUAUGUCUCUGAUAUGAUGAAACUCCACAAAGAGCAUGUAACUGAAUAGUUGUACCUUUUUGAACAAUAAAUAUGCAAAAGAUUUAUAAA